AUGGCGUCAGCCCUCCAACCACCAUCGAACAUUGGGGAGGAGUCAUCUGUUGUGAACGUCAUUGCCAAAGUGCGAUCGACACCUAGUGUGACAACACAGCCCACAUAUGACGCCCCUGUGAUGCAGCCACGCUCAGCAGAACGUGAGUCAUCAGGAGAACCGUACCAGCGAGCACAGGCGCGGCCCGUUGUGCGGUUUCCUCGUAGUAACGCUGGAGCACAAGUCACUGUUGGCACUGGCGACGUGGUGCCAGGUCCGGGUGUAUAUGAUCACAACUACCUUCGUCAUCACCAUCACCAUCUCCUCCAGCAGCAGCAACAGCAGCAGCAACAGCAGCAGCCUUCGCUGCGUAUUGGAGCUCCUGGUGAUGAUGCAGACAAGAUGCGGGAGAGGAUAUUUAACUCGAGUAGUAACUCUACACACCCAACCCCGGAUACGCCGCAUACAGUUGUGCAACCACCCACACCCAUUUCAGGGACUAAAACAUGGACAAAUAAGCCUUACCGUAAUAUGGGGAUGUCUGCGCAGAUGGGGGAUGUGACGGAUCGAAAGAUCAUGAGUGGUGCCGCUUUGGAGAAAGGGGCAUUCGGGGACCAUGGACUGGGCCGAAGUGGGGGCCAAAGUACAGCCCCGCAACAGCAAGCCGACAUGAUGGUAUCGUCGAUGCCCCCAUAUAUGCGGCACGCCCAGGUGGAAAGUGACCCUCAAGAAUAUCAGAGACAUUUACGAGCAAUGCCCCAGCAGCAGCAGCAGCAGCAACAACAACAACAACAACAGCAUUCGUUUUAUGGCGCCAACCAGCAAGGCCAGGUGCACAAUGGUGGGCAGUACCCCAGAGAUCUUGAGCGCGAUGUAUACGAAAUCUACUAUCCACAACAGAGCCACUAUCCUCCUUCACUGCAGCAGUCACACCAGCAACAGUACCAGAAUUGUCAACAACAGCAACAGCAGCAAACUCCCUCUUCAUAUUAUGCUCCACAGCCAGAUCCUCAAAACUGGCGCAUCGGGGGUGACACACGGCAUGGCUACGCUGACCCCAACAACUACGCGUCGCCACAGAAUAAUUCAAGGUAUCCUGGUGGUGGCGGUGGUGGUAGUGGAAUGUCAAUGAUGCGACCGUAUAACAACAACGCUCCAAUCCCUUCGGCGCCACCGCAGCAGCAACAACAGCAGCAGUGGUCCGGAGGGCAGCGGCAGUAUCUAAGAGGCAAUAUGCCUUCGGCAGACUUUAUGUCACAGCAAGCACCGUCGCCGUAUCCGUGCAGUAGCGACAAUGGUUUGUCGCGAUACCCGUCGAACACUCCAACGACAAGAGUUGGCGUUGGUGCGGGUGUGACGCCACCGUCUGCAGCGUCAUACGGUGGAUUCUCCAAUAAUUGGCGACAACAGCCACUCUACCAAGACGAAACACAUCAGCAAUCACAGCCCCAUGCCGUUCCUCCAGCGUACCAGAGCAGUGGUAACGGGUCCCCUAGCCCAUACCAGCAGCCGAUGAUGCCAGGGCAACGUAUGGACUAUCCUGAUCGUCAAAACCAAGACCAGUACUAUGGCAAUGCGCAGUGGAACUACGGCUUCGGCAGUCAUCCGACAAUGCAAAACACACCCAACUAUUCUCAGCAACCAGGACAACAAGGGUUCAAUUGCCCAUCUUUCAAUUCAACAGGAGGACCUGUAGGUGCGCCUUCGGUAGGACCAAUGAUGGGGAACGCGCCAAACUACCCACCGCCGCCCACGUCUGCGUAUCCGCCCCCGCAGCAGCCUUCUGAUCCGUACGGUGGAAGAGGGGCAAUGCCUCAGCCUAACAGCAGGUUCGGUUUUCCUCCCGUAGUGGGGUCUACACAGCAGCAGCAGCGGAAGGCUCAACCGCACUCUCCAAAUCGACGCGGAGAUGGCGGCAACAAUGGAUGGGGGCAUAUGCCAUCAGCCCAAGGUGGACGAGGGUACGGGGGAUUCAGCCGCGGUCAGCAGAGACAGCAAGCACAGCAACAGGCUCGACGACCAGACAGCUUGCCGCGUUCAACACCACCUAUGGAGGAUCGUAGUGACACUGCUGUAGUGAAUCAAAGCUCGGGUGAAGCCAACGAUGGAGCGACACCUACAAACAGUAAUGUGAAGCAAGCGGUUGAAGGCUGUGGGGAGGAGGAUCAGUGA